CGGGGGGCCGGCGAGGGAGCUCUGGACCAGACACACCAUAUAAAUACAAGAGCUUUAAAGGCAGAAUUACAGAGCAGCAGCUGCAGGGAUGAAGGCACUGGGGGCCCUGGGGCGCGUUGCCCUCCUGCUGUUGGCUUGUGGCUCAGUGUGGGGUCGGAUAUCCAAGCGAGAGCCGGAUAAUGGGGAAGAUACUGAGCAGUUCCCUGCAGACUGUGAGGAGGUCCAUGCUGCCGGGGCAGAAGCCGAUGGGGUAUAUGUUAUUUACCCUGCUGGGUCCUCGAGUGCCGUGCCAGUGUACUGUGACAUGACUACUGAUGGCGGCAAGUGGACAGUGAUCCAGAAAAGGUUUAACGGCACCCUGAGUUUUUUCCGCGGCUGGACUGACUACAAAUUGGGCUUUGGUCGAGCAGAUGAAGAAUACUGGCUGGGGCUGCACAAUAUCUACCAGCUGACCCUGAGGAGGAAGUAUGAGCUGAGGAUCGACCUGGGAGACUUUGAGAACAACACGGUCCAUGCUAAAUAUGGCGACUUCUCGCUCUCGCCCAAAGCCAUUAACCCAGAGGAUGAUGGGUACACUUUGUAUGUGGAAGAAUUCACUGACGGAGGAGCAGGGGACUCUCUGACCUAUCACAGCGGGAUGAAGUUCUCCACCUAUGACAGAGACCGGGAUACUUACCAGCAAAACUGUGCCUCCCUCUCUGCUGGUGGCUUCUGGUUCAGAGCUUGUCACCUGGCUAAUCUGAAUGGACCGUACCUGCGCGGGGCCCACCUGUCCUAUGGCAGUGGCAUCAUCUGGUCUGGGUGGAAGGGUCUUUAUUACUCCCUCAAAAGUACUGAGAUGAAGAUACGACGUGUGUGACGACCCUGCAAAUCAUUUAGCUUUGAAACCUGUAGAACAGUCUGUUAUCAUAUUACUGUCAUCCUGCUGUAAGCUUUUCCCCUUCACCUGUGAUAUGGUUUUCACUUGUGCCCCCAAAUGACACUUCUCCCCCCCCCCCCCGUGGCUCACUUGAUGUUGCUAUAACUCCAUUGUGACCUCUCUGAUUAUUCUGACCUGCUGUAGUAUCUACCCUAAAUAUUCAGUAGAUGAUGUCCACUAAUGAAUACUGUAACUUGAAUAUGUCUCAUAAAUAUGUCAUAUCAUUUCA